AUCACAUUUUAACAAAUGGUAAAUUUUAUACGGUCAUUCAUAACAUGUACACAACCGAACUACUGGUGUACAGGACGCAGAUUAUAUACCUAGAUGAGUAUAGAUGAUCAGAUUAUAGAGCUGUAGAUUAUAGACCUCGAUCUUCGCUAAAUAUUUUAAAUAUUAGGUAAUGCAUUAAAGUAUUAAAUAUAUAAAAUAUCUUCUUAUAAAAAAAAAAUAUAGUAUAAGUAGCGUGUAGUACAAAUAUAUUAUAUGGAUGCGAUAAAUGAUAAUACGUUUGUAAUUACUAACAUUAUCCGUUUGACUCAAAGUUUUAUUUCAAUUUAAUUUUGUCGUAUAUAAACAGCCUAAUUCAGUGUAUUGAUCAUUGUAAACGUCAUUGUUGGCGUAAAAAGUGUGAUAGUGACUUAAAAGAUUACAUUACAUUUACAUUAAAAUUGUAUGAUUUUAAUAGUACUUGAAAAUUAUAGAAAAUAAUAACUUUUUAAAUUCGUAAAUAAACUAUAACAUUAUUUUUUACUUAAAAGAAUAAGUUGUGUUAAUAGUUCAAACUUGUUUUUGUUACAUUACGGGAUUUACGGCCGUCCCGAUUACAUUUCAGUGUUAUCUAUUUCAGUGAUGUAACAUAAUUUUCAUUGUGUCCCGGAUACUACUCCAUGAAAAUACUAGAGAUACCACACAAAAUAAACAUUCGUGAUUUGCAAAUUUUAAAGACAAGGCAAUUGGUACAACAAAGUAUAAGUUCAAAAGUUGUAUUGAGCGAAUAGAAUUUAAUCACCAUCUAGUUUUUGUGCGUUUGUUUUCAGUAAACUCGAGUUUAACGAAUAAAUGUAAGUGGUAUAUAUUUUCUCGAAAAACGAAUUCGCAUUCAUUGUGAUACUUUGAACGUUAUUUUAUAAGCCUAAAUUAAAUUAAACGAUAUUAUUUUGUAGUUCUCAAGAUGAUGGACAAUUUGGAACCAUUGACUACUGAUGGUGGUCGUAUAGUGAAGAUGGAAGUAGACUAUAGUACUACGUGCGAUGAGAAAAUUGCUGUAGCUGAAAGUCUCGCGGCCAGUGGUAAACUACAAGAAGCGUUAGAUACCUUGUUGAUGUUGGAAAAACAAACUAGAACUGUGAGUACUUAAAAUAAUAUGUAUUUUGUAUUUAUAAAUCUCUACUCAAAAAAAUUAUUUUAAACUUGGUAAACUGUCGUUGACAAAAUCUCUUAUUUGAAUAAUUCAAUACUGUUUACAUGUGUUGUAAACCUAUGAACAUUUAUUUAUAUGAUUUACUUUUACCUAAUAAGUUUUUGCGUGUUUUAAUUUAUUAGGGAUCUGAUAUGGCUUCAACGAGUCGUGUUUUAGUUGCUAUUGUACAACUAUGUUUUCGUAAUAAGGAAUGGGCAUUACUUAAUGAACACAUAGUUAUGUUAACUAAAAGAAGGUCACAGUUGAAGCUAGCAGUUGCUGCUAUGGUCAGAGAAUGUUGUACAUUCAUUGAUCAAACUCCAGAUAAAGAAACCAAAUUGAAAUUAAUUGAAUCCCUUAGAAAUGUUACUGAAGGAAAGGUAAACCAUUUAUUUUUGUAUGCAGUUUUAUUUAGAAAAAUAACUAACAUGACUGAAUUUACAUAUUGAUUUAGCUUAUUAUGACUUAACAAAUUUUUUUUAUAAUAUUACAUAUUUAACAUUAUAUUAGAUAUAUGUAGAAGUAGAGCGAGCCCGACUUACGCAGAAAUUGGCUCAAAUUAAAGAAGAUGAAGGUGAUGUAACCGGUGCUGCAAAUAUUAUUCAAGAACUACAAGUGGAAACUUAUGGUUCAAUGAAAAAACAAGAGAAAGUUGAACUGAUCUUGGAACAAAUGCGAUUAUGUUUGGCUAAAAAGGAUUAUAUUCGCACACAGAUUAUCUCUAAGAAAAUUAACACUAAAUUUUUUGAUGAUGAUAAGCCCGAAAUACAACAGCUUAAAUUGAAAUAUUAUAAGUAAGUGUAUAUCUUUUAUAAUAUUUAAAUCGAUUUUAUGACAUUAUUUUUUUAGAUUAAUGAUUGAGUUGGGAGAACAUGAUGGUUUAUAUUUAGAUAUUUGUCGCCAUUAUAAAGCUAUUCAAGCUACUCCUGAAAUUGAAACUGAUGAAACAAAACGUAAUGCUGCUUUGCAAAAUGCUAUUUUAUACCUAAUUUUAGCACCAUACGAUAAUCAUCAAUCUGAUUUAACACACCGUAUUCUUCAGGAUGAAGCUUUGCAAAAAAUACCCAAAUAUAAGUAUGCACUUUUUUUGAUAAUAAAUAUUUGUUUUAUUAUUUUUUUGAUUUUACAUCAAUAGAUCAUUUUUGCAAUUAUUCACCACCAUGGAAUUAAUUCAGUGGAAGGAGCUGAGCAAGGAUUAUGAAACAGAAUUGAAAUCUGGGACUUUCGCUACAGAUGUAUUUUCAGCAAAUACAGAAAAAGGAAGUAAACGUUGGGCUGAUCUUAAAAAUAGAGUUGCUGAACAUGUAUGUAUAAAAAUAUUGUUUGAUAAAAAAUCAAUGUAUCUAUUAUUUUUUUAAAUAAAAAUUUCAUAUACUAUAUUAAGUUUUCCAUGUGAUGUUAAUUAAACAAAUAAAAUACCUUGCAAUAUGUAUUGUUUUUGUUAUAAAGUAUACCUUAUAAAUAGAUAAUGAUACCUAUUAUUUUUCUAACUUAUUUUGUAAAUUUAUUACCAAAUAAUAUUGAUUUAUAUUUGGCAUUGAAUGCCAAACAUAUUGUUUAUUUGAAAAUGUGAUAGUUAAAUUAAAUUUUAAUUGAUAUAUUAUUUAAAUUUUUAGAAUGUACGUGUAAUGGCCAAUUAUUAUCAAAGAAUCAAGGUAGUUCGGAUGUCUCAAUUAUUAGAUAUGACUUUAGAAGUAAGACAAACUUAGUUUAUUUUUAUAGUUAAAAAUAUGUUUAAUGAUACUAUACAAUUUACAAUUUAAUGUAUUACAUAGGACACCGAGCAACUGUUAUCAAAUAUGGUGGUGGAUAAAUCAGUAAAGGCAAAAAUUGAUCGUCCUUCAGGCAUUGUUGAGUUCUCGGAAGUUAAAUCUGUCAAUGAAGUAUUGAAUGAAUGGUCAUUUGGACUCAAUGAUCUUAUGAAGCUGGUUAACAAUACUACUCAUCUUAUUAACAAAGAACAAAUGGUUCAUAAACAUUUACUGUCUCAUUAAAAAAAAAAAAAAAAUGUAAAGAUUAGUAUUUGUAAACUAAACAUAUUUCAAAACUUCAAUUUACAAUAAAUAUUAAUUUGUUAUUUUUAAUUACAAUUAAUAUUACUCAUCCAAAAUUUGACUUGAUUUUAAUAAUUUAGUUUAAAACUAUUCAUUUUUAUAUUUUAAAUACAGUACACCAUUGGGUGAAAAAUCUAUAUAUUUUGAAGUAUUAAAGUACGGUAAGACAAAUCAAAGUUUAUUUACUAAUUAUUUCUUUGCAAUACUCAGA